AUGCUGUAAAUUACUUCUCACGAGUGAAGAUUUUUAAGAAGUUGAAAUUUAAAAGCAGAACUGAAAAGCCGUCUUCAGCUUAACAGAAUCCAAACCCGUCGCUAAAUGUCUCAUCCAGGCAAUAAAUUUGAGCAUCAGAUUCAGGCUUUCAGCUCAGAAUUGGCUCUUUUUUUCAACUUCGAGCGUCGUCGGCCCCGCACCCUCCCUUUACGCCAAAGCUGAUUGUGAAUGCGGAGGAACUGAUUGAGACCCCUGUGGCUCUCAACUCUCUACCAUAUCCUUUCCCUCGUUUCCAAACUUCCUCACUAGCCAUGCGCCGCGUCUCUUCCCCAAAACGGAACGGCACUAAUCUACCCGACGUCGCCUGAGAUUUUUCAUCCGUCAAUGCGAUUGUUCUGCACACUCUCAACCAUGUGAAGAAGAUUAUUCGCCAUAAUUCCGAGGUGGGUGCUUCUGAAAGUGCCGUUUCUCUAUCUGGGUCUUGAUCGAAGUUGUACGAAUUUAGCCAUGGGAGACGUCGAUUAUACUGAAGAAUUGGAUGUUGCCGUUAGAGUGGUGCAUUUGGCGUGUGUUCUUUGUCGGAGGGUGCAAGACGGCUUGAUUGGUCCCAGCAUCGAUCAGGUUAAGUCAAAAGACGAUGAUUCUCCGGUCACUGUCGCUGAUUGGAGUGUCCAAGCAAUUGUUAGCUGGACACUGUCAGAAAUUUUUGGGGGCCAAAAUGUCUCUAUCGUUGCAGAGGAAGAUGCCCAAACUCUCUCCAAGGCUGAUUCAGCAGGCAUAUUGGAAGCUGUGGUUAGCACAGUGAAUAAAUCCUUGGCUGAAGCACCGAAGUUUGGUCUUAGAAGUCCAGAUAAUGCUCUCGGUGCCUCACAGGUUCUUGAGGCCAUUAGCCGAUGCAACUCAGCUGGAGGCCCUACUGGAAGACAUUGGGUGCUUGACCCUGUUGAUGGAACAUUGGGGUUUGUUCGUAGGGAUCAAUAUGCUGUAGCUUUAGCAUUAAUUGAGAAGGGAAAAGUAGUUAUUGGAGUUCUUGGGUGCCCUAAUUAUCCAGUGAAGAUGGAAUGGAUAAAUUAUCAUGAUCAAAACUGCCAAAUUGUGUCAAAAUUGUUGCCUCCGUCUUCUGAUUCAGCAGAGAAAGGAUGUGUGAUUUAUACAAAGAGAGGCAGUGGCAAGGCAUGGAUGCAGCCAUUAAUCCAUGAAGAUGAGAAGCUUGAGUGGCCAAAUUCUGCAAGAUUGAUUCGGGUCUCCUCCAUUGACGAUCCAGCAAAAGCAACUUUUUGCGAACCAGUGGAGAAGGCAAAUUCUAGCCACACCUUCACAGCAGGACUUGCUCAGAGUGUUGGGCUUAGAAAGCAGCCCUUGCGUGUCUAUAGCAUGGUAAAAUAUGCAGCCAUAGCUGGGGGGGAUGCUGAAAUUUUUAUGAAGUUUGCAAGAUCUGGAUACAAAGAAAAGAUUUGGGAUCAUGCUGCUGGUGUUCUGAUUGUGCAAGAAGCUGGUGGUGUGGUAACGGAUGCUGGAGGGCGUCCACUGGACUUUUCAAGGGGAAUAUACCUAGAAGGUCUUGAUCGGGGCGUAAUUGCUUGCUCUGGGGACAUAUUGCAUGAUAAAAUUAUCGAGGCUGUUUAUGCUAGCUGGGACUCAUCUAAUCUAUGAAGCUGCCCUACCGUGCCAAUACAUUGAUGCAGCAUAAUUUGAUUUGUUCAGCAGGUAAGAUGGUCACAACAAUAGUUUUUCUUUUUUUGCUGGAUAACUUGUUGGUUGGACUCUGCAUCACUCCAUUUUAAUAUGUUCCUCAGGUCAAAAUGUCCUGUGUCUUAGUUUUGUAAGAUGGUUUGAUGCAGCAGAGUAUUCCUUUGAUUCGGCUAUUACAAAUUUCAGUGCAAUUACACAAAAAAAUUAUAUGUAUCCUUUCUUCUUCAUUCUAAACUCUGGAACCUUCAAUCCAUUGGCGGUGACCUGUGAUCUGCUACUACAAAUUUCAUUCAAUUUCACAUAUGAAUAAAAUAUAUAUAGCCAAUUUUCUCGUUUUAA